AUGUCCGAAAAGUACAAGCCCUCUGAGCACGGCGGUCUCCGCGAGGACGGCCAGCCCGACAAGCGCACCCAGCAGUCCCAGUUCGCCUAUGGCAAGGUCGACCCCCACAAGGCCGGCCAGGAGGGCGGCUCCAUCGGCGGCCAGGCCACCGGCAGCCACAGCGGUGGUAGUGCCAAGGGGGAGUUCGCUCAUGGCAAGGUGGACCCCCACGAGGCAGGCAAGAAGGGGGGCAGCAGCCUGGGCGAUGAGUGA